UCUCUCCACCACCACCAUCGUAUAUCGCUUUCUUUAAUUUUCUUCUUAUCUAUAUACAAUUAAUAAUAAUAAUAAUAAUAAUCAAGAAAGAUGGCAGCAGUAUGCUUGUUGGUUUCUCGAUCCGGCAGACACUUGCAAAGAUACAACAACACCGGCGGCCGCCAAGUGGUUGGAUGUAUACCUUAUAGAUUCAAGGAAGAUAUGAUGAGCAAUGAAUUGGAAUUGGAGGUAUUAUUGGUGAGUUCACAGAAAGGAGAGGCGCUCAUGUUCCCGAAAGGAGGAUGGGAAAUUGAUGAAUCUUUAGAAGAAGCAGCUUCUAGAGAGUCCAUAGAAGAAGCCGGAGUGAUUGGAAGCGUUGGGAAUCAAUUGGGUCAAUGGAAUUUCGUUAGCAAAAGACAUGGCAUUUACUAUGAAGGGCACAUGUUCCCUUUGUUUGUCAAUCAACAACUUGAUAUCUGGCCUGAGAAAAAUCUAAGGAAAAGAGUUUGGAUGACAGUGCCUCAAGCUAGAGAAAUUUGUCAGCAUUGGUGGAUGAAGGAAGCUUUAGAUAUCUUGGUUAAACGACUGAGCUCACAAGAUACCAGGGAACUAUAACUCUCUAAUUUAUUUUAUUCAUUUAUUUAAUUUGUAUCCAUAUAUAGAGAGAAUUAGAGAAAUAAUUAGGGCGACAAGCAUACAGUAGAGAAAUUAAAACAUAUAGAGCGAGGUGCAAUUUUUGUGCAUAAUGCAAUAACAAUCAUCAUGUUCAUCA